AUGUCUUCGGAUAAUCUUAAUUCACCUGUAGUCUCUGACCAGCAAAGGUUGCUCAGAUCUGCCAAGUCUUCAGUUCCGCCUUCAACCACCCCACUAUCGUCUGAAGAAUUUAAUCGAGUAAUUUCGGCCAUGCGUAAAACUCAGGAUGCUACUUUGGCUCAAUGUAAGGCUCUAUCCCUUUCAUUCAACAAAAAGUUUUGUGAACUUCAAGCUAGUGUUGAUUCACUAGCUUCACAAAUUGUUGAUGUAAGAGCAGAUAAUACCUCUCUUCGUAACGAACUUUCUACUCUCAAUAAUAGGAUCGGUGUCAUUGAAUCUGACGUGGGUAAAUUGCCCUCUUCAUCUGGAGACAAUAUUCCUCAGCUUCUUCAAGAACUAUCAGAAAGAGAAAAAUGUUCUUUUAAUGCCAUCGUCUACGGACUUAUUGAAUCUUCUGCUACUAUACCAACUGAACGUUUAUCUGAUGACCUACAGCAUCUGUCUGAGUCCAUUCUACCACUUGCUAUGUCUCUGCCUUCAGAUGUGAAGAUGAUCAGGUUGGGUCGCACUAUUGGUAAGAACCCUCGCCCAUUAAAAGUCAUAUUUUCAUCAAAGAUCACUUCCCAACAAUUCAUUAAGGACUUUGUAACCGGUAUGCGCUCUCGUACUACUACCGACCCACCAUUAUUGGUGUCGGUUGUUCGUGAUCGUACAUUAAUGGAACGGCAACAAGUACGUCAGGUAUAUGCCGAUUUGGAACAGCGUAGGAAGAACGGAGAAAAUAAUAUAGUGGUCAGACAUUUCAACGGCGUUCCUUCCAUUGUCCAGGCAAAGAAGGAUUUUCAAUUAAAUCAUACUACUCAUCGUCAUGUCACCCUAGCAAAAAACUAA